CACUUCCAUCGCCUUUCAACCCGCCCACUCGAAGCCUGCCCUUCUCCCACUCUCCCAUCCUCCCCAGGCGACUCCCGCUUUCCGUCGUCACCGACAACUUUCCCUUACUCGCCGCCACCCCAUCCGCCGAGCGCCCACUCUGUCCUCCAUCUCCCCGCUCGACGUCUCGGACUCGCCCAAACAUGGCCGUCGAGCUCGCCGUGGGGACGCCCCUUGCCGACGCCCUCCAGAGCGUUCUUCAGCCCAAGCUGGCCGAGGUCGGCUGGAGCGGCGAGGACGAAACCACCCUCUCUGAAUACAUCAUCCUCAUGCUUGCAAACGGCAAAACGCAGGACCAGAUCGCCUCGGAAAUCUCAAACGACCUGUUAGGCCUGGGCCCCGGCGACCCCGCCGCUAUCGAGUUCUCGCGCUGGUUGUUUGAGCAGGUUGAGGUCCUGAACGCAAGAUUGAAUGGCGCGCAAGCAGUUCCGCAAACGAGCGCGGCACCUCAUGCCGCCGCCCCGCCGAGCGCCGUGGAAGGCACGACCCAGGACGCAGAAAUGGGCGAUGCCUCAGCAGCUACCAUACCUACUGGCCCGAAAGCGAUGCGCAACGGCAACCAGAACGCUCGCGACAAGCGCAUGCUUGGCCACCUCAACAAAUCCAUGGAUCGCUCGAACGACUCUGCGCUGCAUCGCGUAAGGGGAGGCUCGGGACGCAUUAAUUCACAUGGUGGUCGGGACCCACCAAGAGGACCAAGGAACCAAGCAAACCGGCAACAAGCGAUCAUGAACGGCCUCAGCAUGCCGGGAAUGCCGGGCAUGCCGGGUAUGCCAGGAAUGACUGGCAUGCCUAUGCCUGGCAACAUGAACAUGUCGGCAGAGCAGCAAAUUGAUUUGUACAAGACAUGGGAACAGGCAGCAGCGCACAUGGCAACCCUUAACAACCAGUUAGCGGCAGCGGGUGUGCCUGUUCAGCCAUACAUCAACCCGAACUUUCAAGGGAACCAGCGGUCCGGAGGAAAGUCAUUGUUCGACCGUGUGGAUCGCUCUUCACGCCGUGGCGGCAGGCCUCAUCAAAACGCAAGGCCGCAGCACUCGCAACAGGAUGCCGAAAUGGGCGAUUCUGAUCAGGCUGCUGCCAAUGGUGGAAACCCGGAGUUCGCGAACGAGAAGCAAGAGCCGUUCAAUGUUCUCUGCAAAUUCAACCUCAAUUGCACAAAGCCGGAAUGCCCGUAUGCCCACCAGGGACCCGCUGCGUUCCCCAACACUUCUGUCGAUCUCUCCGAUGAAUGCAAUUUUGGAGCGCGUUGCAAGAACAACAAGUGCACUGGCAAGCACCCGUCGCCUGCGAAGAUCACUGCGCACAAUGCCGAACAAAUGUGCCGGUUCUGGCCGAACUGCGCCAAGGGCGAUGACUGCCCGUUCCAGCACCCUGAAAACGCUGCACCCUUGUGCCGCAACGGUGGUGAUUGCACGACUCCCGAUUGCAAGUUCACGCACACUUCGAUCAAGUGCAGAUUCAACCCGUGCAAGAACACGUGGUGCAAGUACAAGCACGAAGAGGGCCAGAAGGUUGUUCCAGAGAACAAUGUUUGGCAGAAGAAUGGAGGAAGCGGUGGUCACACCAUGGACAGGAAGUUUGUGGACGAGAGCCUGCCUGAAGAGCUAAUCCUGCCGGGUCGGGACACGCAGAUGCAGGCCGAGGAGGAGGGUUCGGCUGCGGCCGCGGAGGAGGCUGCGACUGCGACGUGAAGGAAUGAGACACGACGGAUGGCUGGUUGAAAGGAUGGGAAAAGGGUUUUAUCAUUGAAGCUUUGGGACGAAGAUUCGAAGUUGGAGAUACCGACACAAGCAAGUGGAGCCUUGUAAGAUUAGGUACGGCGUUUGAGGGCAAUGUCGAGGGCUGGGGAGGUCCUUUAAUGGUCAGGGUAAAGAUGGGUUUUGCAAAUGAAACUGUUCUUUGGGAUAGGGGCGCGUAGAUGCUCCUUGGC